AGACCUGGACUCCGAAACUUUGCGUGAGCGCAACUCACCGCAGCUCACCUCGGGAAACCCUCAUUGGUGCCCUUCAUCCAGGAAUCCGUUGAUGGGGACAACAUUGCCUUUCUUGAUACCAUGAUGUCCUCAUUGCGCACGUGGAAUUGCCGUGACGACGUACUAGGGAUAACCAUUCGCUUAUGUCAAAGUCACCUAUUCCGAACUCACCCUCGCCAGCGUCCAGUUAUUGAUCAUUGGAUGAUGCGGAUGGAUGCCGUCAAUACCCGCAUCUCCUCAUCUCAAUUAUUUCCGUGCUUGACGGCCCUUCAUUCGUCCUUCAGACCUCUGGCGGGUUGAGCGCGUAUAUACAACGCAUAUACAUGUAUGCGCGAUCAUAUGAACCCUUCCGUUGUUCUAUGGGGCACAUGAAUAAGGGGGAUUCUAAGAACGGAAGAUCUUCGUGUUUUGAUCACCUGAUGGUAUAUCGUGUUGCCAAUUUCAGGCAUUGUAUUAGGGUUCAGGACCUUGUCUGCUGUGUGACCUCGGAACGUGUUGCCUCCACGACUCUUUGUUAACAGAUAAAAGCACCUCUGCGCGGUUGUCGUCCAUUGAGACUUGACCAUAGCAUAGCUUCAAUACGGUGCACAUCGCCCCAUGUUGAAGGAUCCACGUAUGGUAGAUAACAAUUCUGCUUCAGAGUAUUUGCUUGAUAAAUGCCUGAAGACGAUACAGAACGAAGUGAAAAACUUAACAUUGAAUUUGAACGAAGAGCAAACGCGUCGCAUCCAGGAGCUUGAGGCCGAACUGCAGAAGGCCAAAUCUGUGAUUGAUUUCUUUCAAGGCAAAUUAGAAAGCGUAAAGGACUCACAUGCCAAAGAGAAAGAGGAAUUGAACGAAGAACUAGCUAGAGAAAAGGAGCAAUGUACGAAAGAAAUGCAGUUGAUACAAGGCUUAGAUCGUCGUGUGAUUUGUCUGAUUGACGGUGAUGGUGCCAUAUUCUCACUCGUUCAAGUAGCGAAAGGUCAAGCCGGUGGGCAGACUGCUGCUGCCAAGUUGACUGAGUCGAUUCGUCAAUACCUGCCCUCCGAUCACUAUCAGCUGAGCGUUUGGGUAUUCUUGAACAAAGGCGGGCUUCUCGAGACCCUGAGGAAAUGCGGGAAAGAAGAUGCUCGUCGGAAUCUUGAAGACUUCAUCAAAGGAUUUAAUCAAGCUGCCGACAGGUUCCUCAUGGUUGACGUUGGAAGCGGCAAGGAAGCCGUAGAUGCUAAGAUAAAGGCGUAUCUGGAAGAUGAGGCAAAAGCUUUACAGACUAUCAAAGUAGUAUUCGGAGGAUGUCACGAUAACGGAUACUUAACAACAUUGAGAUCCCUCAUCACGGCAGGUUAUGCGGCCAAGGUAGUCCUUCUUCAGGGCUAUAUUGAAAUGGCCGCAGGGUUUCGCACACUCGAAUUGCCCUGUCUCAAGGUCCCUGACCUCUUCGAACCAGAGAAGUUAUGUCCUAGUGCAAAUGUUUCACCUGUUAUUUCGGCCGCGACUCCUGCAGUGCCACCCGGACUCAAUCGCGAGACUGUCAGAUCCAACAGUGCAACCUUCGUCUCGAUUCCGUCUAGUAGUGCCCCCAUAAGCCUGAGAACGCCGUUGCUCCCAAUUCAGACGACUUCACAGGGUGUUGUAUGGCGCAAUGUAACUAGUCCUUCACCUCCUCAUCGAUCGCGACACAUCGAUCCCAACAAGUCGUUGUCGAAACAAGAGCCGCCACCAUGCAACGUUUUUUAUCUCACCGGCGGUUGCAAAUUCGGGGCUUCCUGCACAUUUGCCCAUGACUAUCUAUUGACGGCGGAACAUAUUGAGACCAUGCGAGACAAUGCAAAGAAGUCUCCGUGCGCAACACUCAACCGAGGGGAAGCAUGCGUGUUUGGCGACACCUGUUGCUACGGCCACAAGUGUCAGUUUGGGUCAAAGUGUCAUUUCUACAAGAUGGGAAUGUGCAAGUUCAUCGCUGUGGGAAUGCACGCGGACUAGUACCCUUGAUUGAUUGAUCGCCCGCGGCGAUCCUGCGCAGUGGCGUCUACUUGAUUGUGCGUCUUACCUUGUAAUUGUAGCUUAUGACUCUGGGGGCUAUGGAGCUGUGUAUCUCACUGGC